AUGAAGGAGUUCGAUUUUGGCCACGAAGUAGCAUCUUUAGGCACUUCGCUAUUUGUCUUGGGAUUCGCGGCUGGGCCUAUCAUUUGGGCUCCCGCAUCUGAGCUGACCGGCCGACGAUGGCCGUUGACCAUUGGAACUUUGGGAUUCAGCAUAUUCACGAUCGCCGAUGCAACAUGUAAAGAUACACAGACACUGAUGCUUGGGCGCUUCUUCGCUGGCUUAUUUGCCGCCAGUCCUAUUACCUUGGUCCCUGCCUGUCUCUCGGAUCUGUUUAACGCUACCCACCGUGGGGCAGCAAUUGCUCUGUACACAUUGGCCAUGUUCACUGGACCCUACACUGCCCCGUUCAUUGGAGGCUACACUGUGACCAGCUAUCUUGGUUGGCGUUGGGCCUUGUACAUCCCGGCGAUCGUCGGAUUCUUUAAUACCCUCAUGCUGGUGUGUUUCGCCCGCGAGAGCUAUGCUCCUAUGGUCCUGGUAGAGAAAGCAAGGCUGCUGCGGCGGCAGACGGGUAACUGGGCCAUCCAUGCCACUCAUGAGAGACUCGAGAUUACCAUCCAUGACUUGAUCACGAAGACAAUCGCACGUCCUUUCCACCUACUGUUCACGGAGCCUCUGGCCUUCCUGGUGACUAUUUACAUGUCGUUCAUCUAUGGGUUGGCAUACGGAUUGCUACAGGCUUACCCCAUUGUCUUUGAGCAGAUCCAUGGAAUGCAAGGUGGAAACAGCGGCCUGCCCUUUAUCGGGCUGAUCAUCGGCCAAAUGAUUGCCACGGGCGUCAUUAUGCUUCUCCAGCACUCCUAUGUGGCUAAGCUGAAGGCAAACAAUUAUGUUCCUGUUCCGGAAUGGCGCCUUCCCCCCUGUAUCGCUGGUGGUAUUGCCUUCUCCACGGGCCUUUUUUGGUUUGGGUGGACGGGCUAUACUUCCUCCAUCCACUGGAUGGCACCCACGGCUGCCAGCGUCUUCAUCGGCUUCGGAAUCAUCUCGAUCUUCAUGCAAUGCUUCAACUAUCUUCUCGACUGCUACCUUCAAUUUGCCGCAGCCGCUUUUGCGGCCAAUACCAUCAUGCGCUCGCUAGUUGGGGCAGCAUUCCCGCUCUUUUCCACACAGCUAUUCAAUUCUUUGGGCGUUCAGUGGGCGGGCACUCUACUUGGUUGCAUCGCUGCUUUGCUGGUGCCGAUCCCUUUCGUGUUUUUAUAUUGGGGCCCUACGCUUCGUCAGCGGAGUCGAAUGGCACCGGCUAACUAA